UACCAGGUGUGUUUCGCGUCACUAACUCGCUUUUUAUUUAUCAUGCUCAUUUGAAAGCAGGCGACUGUAGAGCGAAUACAAGAGCAUCGCCGGAGAUAGACGCGCGACGAGCGCAAGGCGAAGGGGCUCGGGACCUCAGGACCUCAAAACUGGACUGUUUCUGAGACUGAACACACGGUCACUGUGUGCGGGCGUAACAGUGAGAACACGAGCUGAGAUAUAUCUGGAUUCUGCACGUGAAAGAUGAACAAAAAUCACCGAGUGCCAAGUAGCCAAACUCUGAGUGUCAUGGAGGUGAAGAGCAAGGUGCGUGACACGAGAUGUUUGGAGCAGAAUAUCGGCGGUUCUCCCUGCAGCGGACAAAGCCCGGUCCAUUUAAAGAGUUCUACGGUCUCCUUCAGCGCGUGCAUCGCAUUCCCAACGUGGAGCUGCUGGUGGGCUACGCCGACGUCCACGGCGACCUUCUGCCCAUCAACAACGAUGACAACUUCAACAAGGCCAUCUCCACAGCCGGAGCGCUGCUGAGGGUAUUUCUACAGAGGCAUGAGGACGCGGAUGACUCCUGCUUCAGCCGCGUGCGUCACGUGAGGAAGAAGGCAGCGCUGCCUCGGGCCGCCGGGCAGCGGAGGCAGGCGGCGCCGCCCAUCAGCCUGCCGCGAGACUUCCGGCCCGUGUCGUCCAUCGUGGACGCGGACGUGCUGCCCCGGGACCUGCGGCGGGUGCGGCUGCACCCGCACGGGCGCGGCCGCCCGCUGGGCUUCUACAUCCGCGACGGCUCCAGCGUGCGCCGCACGCCGCGCGGCCCGCGGAAGGUUCCGGGCGUCUUCAUCUCGCGCAUGGUGCCCGGCGGCCUGGCCCAGGGCACCGGGCUGCUGGCCGUCGACGACGAGGUGCUGGAGGUCAACGGCAUCCAGGUGUCGGGGAAGAGCCUGGACCAGGUGACGGACAUGAUGGUGGCCAACAGCCGCAGCCUGGUGCUGACGGUCAGGCUGGCCAACGCGCCGGGCGGGGCUUGGCUGAGCGCGGCUCCGCAGCCCCGCGGCUCUGAGCCCGACGAUUACGCCGCGCCCAGCUUCCUGUCCGAGGAGCCGGGCUGGAACUCGGCCGAGGAGUGGGAGGGCGAAGACGAGGAUGACCUGGUGAAGGAGCUGGAAGUGGAGGCCAGCGCCACGUUGCCCGGCUACAGGACACACCUGGACCUGGGGUCAAACGGCAACACGGGCUCACUCAGUACUCUCGAAAGCGAAGACAGGUUUGACACAAAGCUGUAGCCUCAGGCGUGCGGACACACUUGAGGCUCAUAUACGCUGCUUGCAUAGCUGCUGCGGUGCGGAGCCACGUGUACCACGGCUGUCAUUCGAGCACAUCCGGUGUGUCUGUGUAUAUUUCUAGCACCAUUUCUAUCAAAUUUUGUCAGGGAUGGGGGAAGGUAAAACAUCCGCAAAGA